AUGCAGAAUUGGCCAGCAUCAACAUUGGUUGUGCUGUAUUUUUGGGCCGAUAUUUGUGUGUCCGUUUUAUCGCUUGGUUUCUACGGGCCAUCGUUCCAGUUCAAUGUGCAGCUCAUCUGGCGGUACCUGUUGUUCCUGGAGCCGUAUCAUUUUGUCAGUUCACCGGUUGAUUUCUUAAUUCUGACGGCACUUCGCGCUCUCGUGCUGCUGCUGUGCGUGGUGCUCAGGCUGCGCUGCGAGCAGUCGUUGCUCGGCAAGUGCUUCAUCCCGCUGCUCGGUGUGUUCAUCGUGCACUGGACAUUCUCGCUGGUCAAGCUGCUGGCAUUUUCCGAGAACGUUGUGCAUCUCGAAUAUCUCGGUUUCUGGCUAAGCACCGUGUGGAAUGUGCUCGCUGCAUUAUUGCUAAUUCUACUCUGGCACUUUGUGCUCUGUAAAAAUGCAUCAUGGAGCUAUCAGACGCUGAUUUCCGGUGAAGUGCGCGAUGCGACGGCACCCGGUCCGGUGGAUGAGAAGUCGGUCCGUCGUGGCACAUUCGGACAUGCGCUCCGCUUGCUCAAGUAUUGUAAAUAUCAGUGGCAGUGGUUCAGUGCAGGCUUCUUCUUUCUCAUUAUUUAUUCGUCAUCGCGGGUAUUCAUACCAUACUAUACGGGUCAGGUGAUCUCAAACAUUGUGCAGACUCGUGGCUUCGCAGUUUUAGUGCGCUCAGUAAUUUACAUGUUUGCUUUGACGCUUGUAAGCACAAUAUUCGGUGGGCUUCGUGGUGGUAGCUUUGAUUACGCGACAGCACUGGUCAACCGGAAAAUGCGCUGUGAUUUGUUCGGUUCUCUAGUGGAACAAGAAAUCGGCUUCUUUGAUUUAACCAAAACAGGUAACGAUGCUUCUCGUAGCACUAAUUUAUCGGAGCGAACGCAGUCGACACUGGCGGUGGCCAAUCAUGUGGCUGAAGAAGUGAUGAGCACCAUGCGAACAGUGCGCUCGUUUGCUUGCGAAAAAAGAGAAGCUGCUCGAUUUCGGCAGCAACUCGAUGAAGCACUCAAAAUUUACAAGAAAAAAGCAAUAGCCUAUAUGGGCUACACUUGGACUAACGAAUUCUGUGAUAACGCUAUACUGGUUGCAGUAUUAUUUUACGGGGGACAUCUCGUCUUAUCAGAUAACAUGACGGCCGACAAUUUGAUAUCCUUUCUGUUAUAUCAGUUGCAACUUGGCGAGAAUCUGUAUAAUAUUGGCUAUGUUUUCACAGGUCUCAUGGAAAGUGUUGGUGCGUCGCGCAAAGUUUUUGAAUAUAUGCUGAGAAGUCCACGAGUAACAAAUGCUGGAACGCGAAGGACGCCAGUCCGGGGAGAACUGAAAUUUGACUCAGUCUCGUUCACGUAUCCUUCUCGUCCAAACAAUCCAGUAUUGCAGGAUGUUAGCUUUGUGAUUCAUCCUGGUGAGACUGUCGCAUUGGUAGGACCGAGUGGUGGUGGAAAAUCCUCCAUUGUUUCACUGAUUGAACAUUUCUACGAAUGCAACAGUGGCCAGGUGCUCAUUGAUGACUGUCCUGUAGCCGAGUAUGAUCACGAGUACAUUCAUCAAAAGGUUUGCUUUUUUUUUGUUCCAUGUUAG